AUAUGGUAUCAUUAUUUUACUAAGUGACCAAAGAGUAUAAUAAGUAUCUCAAAAAUGCUAGUUUCCAACCUAUAGCCUACAACCAUUAAAAAUAAACAAUAUGUCAUAACAUAACCUAAAAAAAUUAAAAAUUAUUUUGAUAUGUUACGUGAUUUAGACUUGAAAAAUUAAUAUUCUGGUUGGUAUUUAAAGUUUAUUUGAUCCAUAAAUUUGGUAUGAAACGUCUCAUCAGUACACCCUUAAAACAUCCCCAAUAUUUUACCCGUAACAUAAUGACAACAUCCAGUAGAUCAGAGAAAGCCCUGGAAAAUCUACAAAAGAAUCCUUAUUUCGAAAAAUAUGCUGAGCGCAUAGCAACUUUGCAGAAAACGUCCCCAGAAGAGUUUCUUAGAAAAGUAGAAGAGCAACAGAAAAAGCAAAAUGUAGAAAAUAAAAAGAAAUUUGCUUCUGUCGAUACAAGACAAUUUUCAUCUGUCCUCAAUCCAAAAGACAACCUUAAAAAUGAUGCGGCUGUUGAAGAUAAGAAGUUAAAUGAUAUUUUCAAAGUGGAUCUUGUAAAGGACAAAAAUGCAUCUGAGGUGCAAAUUAUAUGGGAGGAAUACCACAAAAACAAAGAGGUCAUAUCUGCAACCAUACCAAAUGAUUUGUACACUAAAAUUCAACAGAACAUGAAGAAACAUCCAACAUUUUUGUUUCCAUUGCCAAGAUCUGAGGGAUACGAGUAUGUUAUGUGCCAGAGCUAUGGGCAUGCUGUUCAUUUUACUCCACUACUUGCUUAUCAGGUUCACCAAGAAAAUGCACCAGAAUGUCUUACAAUGGUGCAUUACACAGAACUGAGUGAAAAAGGAAUUAUUUUAAUGCGUGGAGAAUAUGAUAAGAAUGUACUGACUGGUAAAGAAGCCCAGUGCCUUGCGAACCAGUUUCAAAUGUACUACAACGGUAAAGAUGAAAAUAAAUUUAAAUUGUUAGAAUCAUUCACUAAAACACCAGACUCCUUCAAGCAUAUGGAUUUGAUUACAGAAUUGGAAAAUAUUCAAUUAGUUUAAAGGUAAUAAAUAUUAAAUAUUAAUUUUCACUUGUGUGUGGUCAAGCAGUUGAUUAAACAUAAAACAAAUUAUUGUAAACUUAGAAAAACAAUAAGUUCUUUAUUUAAAAAAAAAAGAGUUCUGGCUAUAGUGAAUUGAAUAAAAAUGUCAAUUGACUUUAGUGAUAAUAGUCUUGUAUUGUGUAUUAAUUCAAAAAUAUAUUAGCUGUUUAAUAUUUUGUUAACUUAUUUCUUUUAAAUAUAGAAUAGUUAAAACAAACUUA